AUGUCUUCCAAUAGCAGCAGAAAAACAGACCAUAAAGGAAAAGGAAAAGCAUCUGCAAGUAUAUCUACCUCUGCAAACCGUGUUUUGGCUGGCCAUGUUGGACCUCAAGAAAUUGCCCCCAGUUUCUCAUCCACAACUAUCCAAGAUCAGCAAUACGCAGAAAUUGUUGAAAUGUUUAGCAAAGUAAACAACAGUAUCAACGGUGUCAAGGAUGACAUUGCUGCUGUCAAUAGCAACAUGACAGCCUUUAAAAACAGGAUGGGCGUUGUUGUUGACACGUCUGGAAAGACAUAUACGGCAUUUGCAGACUUUGCAACUGCCUAUACCAACAAUCAGACUGGUAUGGCUAGUUUAGGACCAUCUCUGAUGCCAUCCUAUGUCCCCCAGACCUCCCUCAGUGAUGCCAAGGUUUCUGUCAUUAUCUUGUUUUUACAAGUGUAUGAAGCUGGCUUACUCAUAGGUGGUAAGACCAACUUUCGAACAUAG